CAUUGUACAAUUUUUUAUCAACAUGAGUGCGACUCCUGAAAAAUCUUCUCUGAACCAAAGCACAAACUCACAAUUUCGUCCGAGCCAUAUAAGUUUCGGCCAUUGGAGUGUGAGUGCCGCUGGCUAUCGCCGCCUCGAAGAAGAUUUGAAUGCACCCCUUCUGCAACCUCGUUCCAGUAUCCUUCUCCCGCAUUUACAACAAUCAGAAAAAAAGUUCUUUGAACUUGUCGCCACUAAUGAUGUCGACGAAGUGCGUCAAUUCCUUGAUGAAAAUCCAGGCUUUAAUAUCAACUGCGUCAACUUUCAAGGUGUCUCUGCUUUACACAUUGCCACCCAGAACAAAUCGGAAGCCAUGGUUGAAUUUUUGCUUGAACAGCAAAACAUGGACAUCAGUGAUUGUGUUCUGCAUGCGAUUCGAGACAAUCAAAUUAAAAUUCUUCAAAUGUUGUUGGAUAAACUGCAAGAGACAGCUCCAGGGUUAGAAUUUGUCGGUGUCACACACAGCUCAGACUUUCCCGAUCAUGUGACACCGCUGAUUUUAGCAGCACAAUGUGGACAUUUCGAGAUAAUUGAAUUACUCAUUGAACGUGGACAUAGGAUAUCAAAACCACACCCGCCCGAAUGUAGAUGCACUGAAUGUAUAUUACAUUUACAACAUGAUGAUUUGUUACACGGUGAAACUUUGAGGUUGAAUUUAUACCGAGCUAUUACAAAUCCCGCUUAUAUCUGUCAUUCAACUCAUGAUCCCAUAGCAACCGCAUUUGAAUUGUCUAGUGAAUUGAAUCAAUGUGCUAUGAUGGUUCCAGAAUUUCGCAAUUGCUACCGAGAGCUAGCUAAUGAGAUAUCUGCAUUUGCUGUAGAGUUAAUAGCUUGCUGUAGAAGCACUGAAGAAAUGGAUCUUAUUCUGAGACAAAAGACUGGCGAUACCAGCCCGGGCUUAUUGUUUCCCCGACUUGUUAUGGCAAUUAAUUACAAGCAGAAAGCAUUUGUUGCGCAUCCGAAUACUCAGCAAAUGGUAGAGUCUGUGUGGCAUGCUGAUUGGUACGAGUGGAAGUACAAGCAUGUAAUUGUACGAAGUUUGUAUCCAAUUGCGCGGUUAAUUAUCCUUCCUCUGAUUGCUUUAAUGUGCUUGGUAAUGCCAAAGCACUAUUGGGUUAAACACUGGAGUAUUCCUCUCAACAAGAUGAUUACACACAAUGCAUCUUACUUGCUGUUUUUGGUUUUAAUCUUCCUAGAAUCCAACCAAGAUAAAACAGGACAGAAACGUGGUCCACCCAAUACUGGUCUUGAAGUGUUCAUUGUCUUAUACGUGUUUGGUUAUGUAUGGGGUAGUUUUCGUAUGUGUAUGAUUAAAGGUCCUCGUAGACACUUUCAAUCGCUGUGGAACAUAUUUGAUGUGUUUAUGUAUAUACUAUUCUUGGCUACGUUUUUCUUCUGGUUGGCUUCCUACAUGGAUGUAUGUCAGAAUGAUCAAGCUGACUUGGAACGCAAAUACUGGCAUCACCUUGAUCCUGUGCUUGUUGCAGAAGGAUGUUUUUCAGUGGCGGUUAUAAUGGCAUAUUUCCGAUUGUUGAUUCUAUUUCGAUUGAAUUAUUAUCUUGGACCACUACAGAUUUCGCUUGGGAAGAUGAGUGCUGACAUUGCCAAGUAUAUAACAGUCUUUGCCCUAUUGUUAAUUGCAUUCUCAGCGGGUAUGAGUAGGUUCUAUCAAGCCUAUGAUGGUAUGGUUCAAACUGAUGAUAAUGGAAUCAAGACUGCGCAGGUUGGUUCUUUUGUGAACUUUUCUGCUGCGUUAAAAACGUUCUUCUGGGCAUUGUUCUGCAUGGCUCCAUUGGAAUCUGCUGAUGUUAUCAUUGAAAACCUUCCGGGGGAAAAAGACAAGACUACGAUUACUAAUCAUCAUGAGUUUACCGAAGUGGUGGGGUACAUUGUUUUUGGUAUAUUUGAGGUGCUCAGCGUGAUUAUGCUCCUCAAUAUGCUGAUCGCAACGAUGAGUAACACGUUUCAGCGAGUAACUGACAAUGUGGACGUGGAGUGGACGUUUGGAAAGACGGAGUUUUAUAUUGAGUAUAUGAAUCAAACUAUUUUACCGCCGCCGUUGAAUUUAAUACCUACGGCACAGGGCAUUGCGGCUGUCAUUGAGUGGAUUCAAGUAGCGAGUAAAUCUACGCCGGGAAAGGUCGCGCGCUGUAAUGUUAAUCAUUGUUGUUACAUUGAAUCGGAGGUAGAUGAACAUAUUGCCAAGGACUUUCCAAUUUUGAUGUCGCAAAUUGUGCAGAGGUACUUUAGAGAGAAGGAUGCAAGUGCUGAUAGUGCUGGAGAUGAUUUGGAGUUAUUAAGGAAUGAUAUUGCUGAGCUACGACAACUUUUAAAGGGGUCCUCUAAUGCUACUAUCGGUUAAUUUAUAAUUUACAUUUAUUAUAUUUACAUUUACGAUUAUAGGGUAUUAAUGCACAAACAAACAAGUGUACUGUAUAUUAUCAUUGGCAUGCACUAAACACACACAAACACUGCAA